UACGCUGGCUGGGCUAGACCAAAACAAACGCAUGCGCCCAUCUCUCUCGCUCAUGUCUGGUCCUCUCGAUCCCCUUGCGCCGCCGCCACAGACGCUGGCCGAUUCCGGCCGCUCCGGUGAGCUCUGGCGCCGUCCAGCACACCUACGGCUGCUCCUCGAUGAGCUCUGUCUAUUCCUCCGCAUCGAUUUGUUUUCCUCUGCUCCCUGUGGUCGCCCCCUUCAGUUAUGUCUUGCUAGGGUUUCGGUGUUGGUCGUGCUCCUCCAGCUCGCCGGGGGCUCCGCGUGCGCGGCCAAGCUGCCGCCGCCGCCGUGCAGCCGGUCGUGCGCGAUGCUCAACUGCGACUCGGUGGGGAUCCGGUACGGCAAGUUCUGCAGCAUGGGGUGGAGCGGGUGCAAGGGGAGGACCCCUACGACGACCUCGAUGCAUGCUGCCGCGAGCACGACAGUUGCCUCAAAAAAAAAGCGACAGGUUGGUUCAUGAAGAUGUCUUUCCUGCACCGAAGGGCGGCCGGCUAGGAUGCAUCACCACCCAUGGGGCUUAAUUGUGCAUGGUUUUUGAUCUGACAGUUGGUGCGUAGGUGUAUCCUGAGCAGAGCUAUCCCACUUUGUGUUCUUUAGUCCAUCAGAGUUUGGGUUGUGAACUGCCUGUAUUUGUUUCUCUGAUUUAAAGUACGUCUACAGCCCUUGAAGACAUUCCGUAAUGGUAGCUAGAUAAUUCUUUUCUUACUAAUAUGUACGUCUACAGCUUUCCCUGUAACAGCAGCGACAGCAGCCUAUUACUUCACAGUAAACACAUUUAUCUGAUUAUGAGGUUUUAGAUGUGUUUUACAUGUUUGUCAAAUUACUACGCUUACUGUUAGAACACCCAAUACUGCACCCAAAAAACAACGUACUGAUAGUUGGUGUCUCGACACACGGUAGCUAAUUCAUACAUAAUUUCUACUGAUCCAUCUAGACUUCUCCUAUGUUAUGUUUUUUUGUUAUUUCC